AUGAGGCUGGCAUGGUUCCCGACGAUCCGGCCAUGCGUACCGGCGGCGCAUAGUCCUCGGGCCACCGCGGCACGCCCUCGCCUCCUCCUCCUCCUCCCCCGGCCCUCUCCGCGCAGAACGCUGCUCACGCUCGCCAUCGAGUCCUCCUGCGACGAUACGUGCGUGGCCGUCCUGCAGAAGCCGUCGCCCACCUCGCGCUCCUCGGACGCGGCGCGCCUGCUCUUCCACGAGAAGGUGACGUCGGACAACCGGCACUUCCGCGGCGUGCACCCGCUGACGGCCGUGGUGUCGCACACGGCGCACCUGGGCCCGCUGGUGCAGGCGGCGCUGCGGGCGCUGCCCGAGGCCCCCGCCGUGCCCAUCGGCGGCUACGAGACCUGGAAGCGGCUGCUGUGGGUCGACGGUGCCGUGCGUCUCAAGCCCGACUUCGUCACCGUCACCCGCGGGCCCGGCAUGACGUCCAACCUGGCCACGGGGCUCAACACGGCCAAGGGCCUCGCCGCCGCCUGGGACGUGCCGCUGCUUGGCGUCAACCACAUGCAGGCGCACGCGCUGACGCCGCGCCUCGUGGCCGCGCUCGCACGGGGCGGCGCCCUGGAGGAUGCCCGCUGGCGGCCGGAGCACGGCCUGGCCACGGUGGCCAAGCGGAGGAUGGCGGCGGCGGUGGGCGGCAGCGGCGACGUAGACCACCAGGACCCGCAGUUCCCCUUCCUCUCGCUGCUGGUCUCGGGCGGCCACACGCUGCUGGUGCACUCGCGCUCGCUGACGGACCACCGCAUCCUGGCCGAGGCCAAGAACAUCGCCAUCGGGGACAUGCUGGACAAGUGUGCGCGGGUCAUCAUCCCGGCGUCGCAGAUCGCAGGCGUCGACAACGUCAUGUACGGGCCGCUGCUGGAGAAAUUCGCGUUCCCGGACGACGCCGGGCAGGACUACCCCGCGGCGUACGGCUACACGGCGCCGCCGAGGCGCGUUGACGAGAUCCAGGUAUUCGACUCGGGCCGCGGCUGGACGCUGACGCCGCCGCUGUCGGGGACGUCGGCCCUGGCGUAUGACUUUGCCGGGUUCAACAGCCAGGUGCAGCGCGUGGUGGAGGACCGGCCGGACAUGGGGCUCGAGGAGCGGCGGUUCCUGGCACAGCACGCCAUGCGGCUCGCGUUCGAGCACCUGGCCAGCCGGCUGCUGUUCGUGCUCAGGGCCGAGGGCGGCGCGGCCUACGAGGCCGUCAGGACGGUCGUCGUCGCGGGCGGCGUCGCGAGCAACCGGUACCUGAUGCACAUUCUCCGGUCCAUGCUGGCGGCUCGGGGGUUCGGCCACCUGCAGAUCAACGCGCCGCCGCCGGCGCUGUGUACGGACAACGCCGCCAUGAUUGCGUGGACGGGCAUGGAGAUGUACGAGGCCGGUUGGCGGAGCAAGAUGGACGUCUUGGCCAUGCGGAAGUGGCCUGUCGACCCGAGGGCCGAGGGCGGCGGCAUAUUUGGAGCAGAAGGCUGGGUCAAUGUGAAGAAGAUGUAA